AAAGCUGCUGGAGAACAAGAUGUAGAGGGCAAGUAAUUAAAGGAUGCAGCUUGUCAAAGCUAAUCUGGUUUGAAAAAUACACCAGAUCAGAGAGGGAGAAAUAUACCUGUAAGAGACCAGCGUGGAGGAAACGAGAGAGAACUUCGCCCUGCGUAAAAUCAAAGAUCCAGUGAAAGGCACCAUAUGGAUUAGGCAUAAAUAGAAGAAUUCAAAGAAUCACAGAUCCAUUAUCGUAUGCAGCCAUCACCAGCAUGCCCUACUAAGUGCAGGAGAGAGAGAGGUGAUGGAUGAUGUGACGUUUCAGAGUGAUACUGUUCUGUCUGAUGUCCACCUACAUACUCCAAGCAAAAGACAUUUAAUGGUCAGGCUGAAUGCUGUUGGCCAGCCAGUAUUUCUGUCACAGUUCAAACUCCUUUUGGACAAAAGCAGCCAGAACUCUGAGAAAGAAGAGAGAGACUUUAGAAAAGAAAACCUUAAAUACCAGGACAAACGUGGAGAGGAGUUAGAUGUGGAGGAUUAUGCUGGCGAUCAAGCUACUCUAAACAGCUCUGAAAAGGAAGGGAACUCCUUGAAAGGAAUUCAAGCCUUGUUAGAUGAAGAUGGGGAUCUGGAGGUUGUCCGAAAACCUCGGGUACUUAAUGCAGCAGCCAAAGACUUUUCAAGGGACAAGGUUUGCCCCAUCAUUUUGACAAAAGGCGGAGAAGUCUUAGAAGAAGACGAUGACAAAGGAGGCAGCGGCUGUGAUAUUAUUAAAAUAGAGCACGUCAUGGCAACCCCUUUAGGAGAUGUUGGCAAGCAGGUCUGGCGAGGAGCCUUCUUGCUUGCAGACUACAUCCUGUGCCAACAGGAUUUGUUCAAGGACUGUACAGUGCUGGAACUCGGGGGAGGUACCGGGAUUGUCGGUAUAAUCAUGGCAAAGGCAGCCAAGACCAUUUACUGCACAGAUAUUGGUGAAGAUCUUCUGGACAUGUGUGAACGGAAUAUUGCAUUAAAUAAGCACCUCACUGAACGAGCAGGAAGUAAGGUUAAGGUCAGAGUGCUGGACUGGCUUCAAGAUGAAUUCUGUACUGAUCCUGAUAAUUCCUACGGUUGGUCUGAAAAAGAGAUUGCUGAGUUGAACAAUUUCACCACAGUGAUACUGGCUGCUGAUGUAUUUUAUGACGAUGAUCUAACAGAUGCCUUUUUCAAAACUCUGUACCGAAUCACUAGCAACUUGAAAAACCCCUCCACCAUCUACUUGUCAAUAGAGAAAAGGCUCAACUUCACCUUGAGACAUAUGGAUGUUGUAUGUGAAGCAUACUGUCACUUUCGAAGCACCCUGAGCGAUCUGGUGAAUCUCAGAGAUGGCAAAAUGAGAUAUACUGCUGAGACUCUUCAGCUCUCUUUUCCUCAACGUAUUAUUUAUGAGCGAGUUGAGCAGUUGGUGCAGACUUGGUACCCACAGAGAGUAGCCUCAGCAAAGUAUUCUAGGACAGGGAUGUGGAGAAGCCUUUUGCCCUCCAGACGAUGUUGAGCUGUAGCUUCCAUCAUCUUGACCAUUAGCCAUCCUGGCUGGGACGAAUAAAGAGUUGGAGUCCAACAACACCUGGAGGGCCAUAGACUCCCCAUCUCUCUUCUCGGGCAAGAAGAACCGGAAAGUAUCCAGGUACUGCAUAUGCACUCCAAUAUUGUUCAGUGUGGCAUAACAGUUAAGAGCGUUGGACUAGGACCUGGGAGACCAGGGUUCAAAUCCUGACUCGCCUAUGAAGCUCGCUGGGUGACUUUGGGCCAGUCACAGUCUCUCAGCCUAACCUACCUCACAGGGUUGUUGUCAGGAUAAAAUUGAGAGGUAGGAGAACAAUGUAUACCACCUUAAGCUCCUUGGAGGAAUGGUGGGAUAUAAAUGUAAUAAUAAAAUAAACAUGCACCAAAAUAACUGACUGAAAGGGGACAAUCCAGUUCUUUGCAAGCACGAAAGUAUGGUGAGAAGUAUACCGAGAGAUAACUAAUCCACACUAAACGAUCUUGUGUGGGGAAUUCUAGUAUUUUCCCUUUUGGAGAUGUGAUUGCACAGUCAUUUCCAAACAACAAAAGUACAGUUAUUAUGUCUAACAAUUUUGAGUAUUUCUUGUGCAAAAGAAAGAUUAGGUUAAGGAGGUUGCCUGGAGAAUUGCAGCAGUGGGGAAUAGCACUGUUCCACAUACGUGAAAAACAAAAGGAGCAAACCCUAAUCUCCAGGAUUUUAAGUGAAAAGCAGGAUUUAAAACAAAUCUUCUGCUUGACUCUGUGGGCAUCUUUUGUCUUCUACAAUUCUGUUCCCCAUUGCCGUCAUUUAUUGUAUAAUGAAUAUUUUUCACAGGAUGAAAACCACAAAUGCCAUUCUGUGUGUUAUGCAGAGUAAGUUGGGAGAGCGAUGUGGUAGAGUUCUGGUCAGUAAUUGUCACAUUAGUGGGAGAAGCUUACCCUCUGAUGUGCUGGUUUACUAC